UCGUUUCGCGUUUUGGCUUGGCGUUUUCACCUUUCCUGACUUCGCGAUUCACCCUUAACGGGUACUCUGGGGCGCAUCCGAUCCCACGAUCAUCGUCGCCCCUAAAUCAACAACAACAGUCAUCCCUUGGUCCAACAAACAACUUUACAAAAAAAAUAAAAAAUAAAAUGUUUAUGCAGAUUUAAUUAACAUGGCUAAAAUAUUGAUGAAUUUUUGUGGGGAACUACUACUGCAUUGUAAAAUACAAGUUACCAGGCAUUCAGCAAGGCAAUUUGCAUCAUCACUACAUAAAGCUUGUGAAGUGCGUGUUCGAUUUGCGCCAAGUCCUACUGGAAACCUACAUUUCGGGAGUUUGCGAACAGCUUUGUACAAUUUCCUUUUUGCAAAAUCCAACAAUGGGAAAUUCAUCUUAAGAAUUGAAGACACAGAUCAGACCAGACUUGUUCCUCAUGCAGCUAGGAUUCUUGAGGAUAUGCUAAUGUGGGCUAAAAUAUAUCCUGACGAAUCUCCAGUAGUUGGUGGACCACUUGGUCCUUACGUACAAUCACAGCGUCUAGAUCUUUACCAUGAUCAUAUUAAGAUUCUUCUGGAAAAUGGGAGUGCCUAUAAGUGUUUCUGUACAAGUAUGAGAUUGGAUUGGCUACGGAAUGAUGCCAUUAGAAGGAAUGAAACACCAAAGUAUGACAACAAAUGCAGACAUCUUUCUUCUUCCAAAAUUGAAAAACUAGAAAGAAAUGGAACACCAUAUUGCAUUAGAUUUAAGCUCGAGACAGUAACAGAGCCUUAUCAAGAUUUAGUGUAUGGUCCUGUUCUGUGUAAUGUGGCUGACAUUGAGGGGGACCCUGUGAUAAUGAAGUCUGAUGGCUAUCCAACUUACCACUUUGCUAAUGUUGUUGAUGAUCAUCUAAUGAAGAUAACUCAUGUUCUAAGAGGUGUGGAGUGGCAGGUAUCAACAUCAAAGCAUCUCCUUUUAUACAAAGCAUUUGACUGGAGUCCUCCAUUCUUUGGACACCUUCCUCUUAUCAUAAAUAAAGAUGGCAGUAAGCUUUCGAAGCGACAGGGAGAUCUUCACAUUGAACAUUAUCGAGACCAAGGAUUCACUCCAGAGGCUGUACUAAACUUUGUGACUGACAUUGGAGGAGGAUUCGAGAGCAGGGAACAUUGUACUUUCUUGUCUCUUGAAGAAUUAAUGGAGAAGUUCUCUCUCUCCCGGAUCUCCAAACAUUCCUGUCGAUUGGAUAAGGAAAAGUUGGAACUAUAUAGUCAGAUGGAUCUUCAGAGACGUUUAAGUAAUCCAAGUGACCUUCCAUUACUACUUUCCCAACUCCAUGACUUAAUUAAAGAAAAAUAUGGAGAGAAGCUUGCAAGCACUGCUCAAACAAAGGUUUUGAACUCUGAUUUUUUACAAAGAGUGCUGAACCUGCAUGAGGCAAGAAUUGUGAAUCUUCGUGAUUUAUUACAGCCUGAAUUUAUGUAUAUUUGGGUUAUACCAGACAGUCUUCCCAUACACCAACUGCCAGCAGUGCCUUGUAAACAUGCUGAAGUCUUGCAAAGUGUUUUGGAAGCCAUUAUUGCCUUACCCAAAAGCUUUGAUAAAGAACACAUAGUUAAAGCAGUUGAAGAUGUGAUGAAACAGUAUGGACUGAAGAUGCCUAUCAUCAUGAAGUUAAUAAGAAUGUCUAUCACUGGUAUGAAGGAAGGUCCUCCUAUUGGUGAAAUGAUGUCUAUGCUGGGACAAGAUAUAUCUGUAGAACGAAUAAGACAUGCAUUGAGUUUAUUGGAAGAUAAUUGAUUCCAGUCAAGGUACAGUACUCAUAAAUAAAAAGUGUUCAGCACACUGAGUGCAUAUUUUUUAAGUCUAUGUAUCUUCAACACAAGAUAAUUGCCAGAAACUACGGUAAAAAGAAUACUACUUACUACCUUAGAGGUUACAAAAAAUGCAGUGACUUAACACUUCGCACAACCAGGACCAAUUAUGUGUCUGUAAUUUUGCUCACGUUUGUGCACCGGGACACAUGUUGCGUCCCCAGUUAAAAUAUUUGUUAGAAUUCUAGUUUUUAUCCGAUCAUUAUGGGACUGGUUUCAAAAUGAAUGCCUUUAGAUUGUGCACAAUUUUAUAUCAUAAGAAACGAUGUAGCCUGACAAUUGAGGUCAGAACACUGGAAAGAUUAUGAAUACUUUUGUAGUGAUGAGUCAAAACUUAAAAUAUUUAAAAUUCUAGUUAUUGUUUGAUUAUUAUGGGACUAGUUUUCAAGUGCGCGUCUUUAUAUUGUGAACAGUUUGAUACCAAAAUGAAUGACAUAACAUGAAAAUUGAUGUUAUCAAACUGAAAAUGAGUAUACACAUUAGGUUGCGAGUAUGCCAAUUGGUGCUCGCUCACGGGUAAUGCUUGGCAGACUUUAGGCUUUGCUAUGGGGGGGUCGUGCCGGGCUUUUGGACUUUAUAUGCAUAUACCCCUGUUGGGGGUAUAUGCAUAUAAAGAACACAUUCAUACCAAAAGGAACGAUGUAGCAUGAGAAUUAAGGUGAGAAAACUAAAAUGAGUAUACACAUUUUAGUCUAGCCACGUGCUGACGAGGAACGCCCGGCACACACUUAAGUAGGCUGGGGCGCGCACGCUGGAUGCGCAAAACUGUUAAUUCUAAGUGCUUAAUUUAUUGUUUUGAAAUGAUACAAAAUUAAGAAAACUAAUAAUUUUCUAAUAAUGCAAACCCUUGGAAAAAAAUGAUAAGCAUAUACUUUCUUCAUUAUUACAUCUAAUUAAAAUAGUUUACUAUUUGCAGGUGGUUAACAAAUGCACAACAUAUGACAAAAUAUAAGAACUGGAAAGUAUUACAUAUUUAGUAACAUUUAAAUAUUAAGCAGAGGGCUACCUGUACUACAUGGCAAUACAGUACAGAAUUAUUGACACUACUAAUUUGACAGCACCGUGUACCACCCAACUUCAUGGCUUACAGUAAUCAUGUACAGUACAAUACUUAGGUGAUCCCAUUUAGUUUUUUCCUCUUGUACAAAUAAAUGCCUAUAUUGUACCCAUUUAUAAAUUUUCCUUAAUAAA